CUUUAAAAAACUAUCUGGGCACUUAUUUUCGUUUUCUGGACCUCCUGUGGAUUUUACAAAAUCGCGUUUAAUAAAAGCGAUUUUUUAAUUUUGAAAAUACUAUUUUAAUAGAAAAGGAAAAUUCAAUUAAUUUUCUUGUUUUUGUUUAAACAGUCUUGAAGAAGUAUGCUGAUAUCCAUAUUGGUGAUGUGAAAAGUUAGGCAGAGUAUUUGAAGUUAGUAAACAUCAGGGCAGUAUUGAAUUUAACUGUGGCAAAAAGGGUUUGUAGUUCGUAAGAUAAUGACUGAUAAUUUUUGGUGCCCUCAGGACAGUGGUUUGUGAAAAACUAAAGAAAGAAUUGUGAAAGCGACCAACUCCAAGGAUUGUUAUCAAAAAGUCUACUGUGAAACUAUGAAAGUUGAUCAAGAAUAAUCAAGUUUACAUAACUUUACAACUAGUUACAUCAACUUAUUACUUUUCUCUUAACUAUAAUUAUGAACCUAAUCAAACUAAUAAUUUUAAUUUAACUAUGAAAAAAAAAAUUUUGAAUUAUAGGAAAUUGUUUAGUUAGAUAUAUUAGAAAUAUAUGUUCUGAUAUAAUAUAAUAUUAAUAUAUUACUUUUAUUAAUAUGUGUUACUAAAAAAUAACCUAGCUAUGCAAGCUAAUAAAAAUUUAUAUUCUUGUAGCAUGUGCAAUAAGAGCUACAAACGAAAAUAUGAUUUGCAAAAUCACAGUGUUGUGCACACUAAUGACAAGCCUUACGUUUGUAAUGUAUGCAAUCAGAGUUUUGCUCUUAAACAGAAUUUAGUUAAGCAUUGUCGCAUUCAUUCAGACAGAAAAACUUUUUUCUGUGAGAUAUGUAAUAGAGGGUAUUUAGAAAAACGCAACUUAGCUCUCCAUAGUUUAACUCACGCAGAAGAGAAACCCUAUCCGUGUAAUAUGUGUUCAAAAAGUUUUAUUCAAAAAAGAGCUUUAAUUAAGCACAGCUAUGUGCAUUCUGGUGUAAAGCCAUAUUCUUGUAGCAUUUGUAAUAAAGGUUUUUCACUUAAAAGUUCUUUAACUAAUCACAAUAUUCUUCAUACUGGUGAAAAACCUUAUACCUGUAACAUAUGUGGUAAAAGUUUUUCAAGAAAAUCUUUGUUGAUUGAGCAUUCUGUUUUGCAUUCUAGUGAAAAUCCUAAUCGAUGUAGCAUUUGUAAUAAAAGUUUUUCUUCUAAAUACAGAUUAAACUCUCACUAUAUAAUUCAUACAGGUGAAAAACCUUACUCAUGUUACAAAUGCAAUAAGAGUUUUAAUGAUAGAUCUACUUUGAAUCGUCACAGUAUUAUACAUACUGGUGAAAAGCCUUAUUCUUGUGACAUUUGUGGUAAGAGAUUUGCGCAAAAAUCUUCUUUGAAUAUUCACUCUUUUAUUCACGUUGGUAUUAAACAGUUUUCUUGUCCCCUAUGUAGUAAGAGUUUUCUAAGAAAAAAUGACCUAACUCUCCAUGCUAGAGUUCAUACUGGUAAAAAGCGUUUCUGUUGUAAUGUAUGUAAUAAGGGUUUUUCUAAAAGACAAUAUUUAACCAAUCAUAUUCUUAUUCAUGCUAGUGAAAAUUCCAAAUCAGACAUGAUAAAUAAUCCUUGAAAUUGAUAUCCAUCUCCACAGUUUUUAAAUUACAGAAAGGACUUGUAUUCAAACUGUAUUCAUUGUACUAGUAUUCAAACUGGUGAUAAAAGUUUAUUCUCUCAGUGUCCCACCCCCCAACUCCCCACUAAAAUGUUAUCACUGUCUUGUGCUGAUAUUAUACCCAAGAAAGUUUAAUUAUUACUACCCAAGACCAGUUAGUCAAGCAAACUUUAAUCAUUUGAUUAUAGUUAUUGGGAUACACCAGUCAUGUUUAAAGCAUGAAAUAGUUGACAAACACAGCUAGAAUUAUAACAUUCAUAGAAUGAUUUUUUACAAUCUGGACUUAAUUGUAUUCUUUAACGCUCUUCCUUUUAUUUGCAAAAACUCUUAAUUUUCUUUUUUAUACAGGUGAAAAUCUUACCACAAUCUUAGUAUAGAAACACGAUACUUAUUCUGUCAAAAAAUGAUGUAUUAUAAAUACUAUACAACAAUGUUCUGCUAAAAGCAGAUGUCAGAUUAUCCCAAUUAAAAAUAUUUGCAGGAGAAUAGCUUAUGUUGUCCUCAUACUGUUCAAUAUUGUUGCUGCAAAUGGUAGCUUAUAUAAGGCUUUCCUAAUAAACAAUGUCAUCUUUUCACAAACUUUGUCACUAUAAUUUUUAAGUUAUGAAAAUAAUUUUUCUAUUUUCUUCUCCGGAACACAGCAAGACAUGAAUUUUUAUCUCUCCAUUUUUCUUUAAUAAUUGUUCAAAUGGUCAAUCAUUAUUUGGAACAUUCUGACUGUGACAAUAGAAACUUAUUUCGUUAUGUUAUUUUGCUGAUUAGGAGUUUUCCCCUAAAUGAACAAUCUUAUUUGUUGUACAAAAAAUUACAAAUAAUAUUCAGGAAUUGUAUAUUAUUUAAAGAUAUUGUUAAAUAACAAAUGUUAUUGAGGAAAUUGAUAAUGUUAAAUCUUUUUACUUAGUAAGUUUCUUUAUGUGUAUAUUUGUCAGAGCCAGUUUUAAAAAUAUGUAUGUAUAUUGUAUAUUCAGUCAAGGAAAAACAUAUGUAUAGAUCUGUAGUUGAGACACUUAUAAUAAAGUGUUAUUUAUAUAUAUAUUUUAAAAAA